GUCCAAUUGACUGCCUGUCACGAAUUUCCCAAAACAGACGAACCAAAACCCAUUAUUCGUAUUUUUUUAGCAAAAUAUAUAAUUUCUGGAAGUUUUAUUCAAAGGCGUUCGUUUGAUCAUUUCAUCUCAAGCUCGCUCUUUCUUCUUAGAUUCUUUGUCCUUAAGUCUUUAGACCAGUCUUCUUAGGAUUCUUGUUGCUUCUCGUGCUUGCUGUCUAAGUUUGAAGAUGUCGUCCAUGGAGAGCUUGAUAGGGUUGGUGAAUCGGAUCCAGAGAGCAUGUACGGUUCUUGGAGACUAUGGAGGCGGCGAUAAUUCUUUCUCUUCUCUCUGGGAAGCUCUUCCUUCUGUUGCGGUCGUCGGUGGUCAGAGUUCAGGGAAGUCUUCGGUUUUGGAGAGCAUAGUGGGGAAGGACUUUCUUCCCAGAGGAUCCGGAAUUGUGACUAGACGGCCUCUGGUCUUGCAGCUUCACCAGACUGAUGAUGGGUCACCGGAGUAUGCCGAGUUUCUUCACCUUCCCAAGAGAAAAUACACUGAUUUCGCUUUGGUUCGCAAGGAAAUUCAGGAUGAAACUGAUCGAGUAACAGGGAAGACAAAACAAAUAUCUCCUGUUCCUAUCCAUUUAAGCAUAUAUUCUCCCAAUGUUGUCAACUUAACCUUGAUUGAUUUACCUGGAUUAACGAAAGUUGCUGUUGAGGGACAACCUGAAAGUGUUGUUCAAGAUAUUGAAAGCAUGGUCCACUCUUAUGUUGAGAAGCCCAAUUGUAUCAUAUUGGCAAUAAGCCCGGCAAACCAAGAUAUAGCAACAUCAGACGCUAUCAAACUUGCUAGGGAAGUGGAUCCCUCAGGGGAACGAACAUUUGGGGUCAUGACAAAGCUUGAUUUGAUGGACAAGGGAACUAAUGCAUUGGAUGUUCUUGAAGGAAGAUCGUACCGGCUGCAAUAUCCUUGGGUUGGAAUUGUGAACCGUUCACAAGCUGAUAUAAAUAAAAACGUUGAUAUGAUCAUUGCAAGGCGCAAAGAGCGCGAAUACUUUGCAACUAGUCCUGAUUAUGGACACUUGGCCAGUAAAAUGGGUUCAGAAUAUCUUGCUAAACUUCUCUCAAAGCACUUGGAAUCUGUAAUUAGGGCUCGGAUACCAAGCAUCUUAUCUUUGAUAAACAAAACUAUUGAUGAACUCGAAGCAGAGAUGGACCAUCUUGGCAGGCCUAUUGCUGUUGAUGCUGGGGCUCAAUUGUACACCAUCUUGGAACUUUGUCGUGCAUUUGAUCGGAUUUUUAAGGAACAUUUGGAUGGAGGGCGACCUGGUGGUGAUCGCAUUUAUGGUGUGUUUGACAACCAGCUUCCUGCUGCUUUGAGGAAACUUCCAUUUGAUCGGCACCUUUCUAUUCAAAAUGUAAGGAAGGUUGUUUCAGAGGCAGAUGGUUAUCAGCCACACUUGAUUGCCCCAGAGCAAGGAUAUCGGCGUCUCAUUGAGAGUGCAUUGAAUUAUUUUAGAGGCCCAGCUGAAGCUUCUGUGGAUGCGGUUCAUUUUGUUUUGAAAGAACUUGUAAGAAAGUCUAUUGCAGAAACUCAGGAGUUGAAGCGUUUUCCAACUCUGCAAGCUGAAUUAGCAGCUGCUUCUGGUGAGGCCUUGGAGAAGUUCCGAGACGAGAGCAAGAAGACUGUUAUUCGGUUGGUGGACAUGGAAUCUUCAUAUUUGACUGUUGAGUUCUUUAGGAGGCUUCCUCAGGAAGUGGAAAAGGGGGGAAAUCCUGAUUCCACCAACGUUGACCGUUAUGCAGAGGGGCAUUUCAGGAGGAUAGGAUCAAAUGUUUCUUCUUAUAUUCAUAUGGUGUCUGAGACACUAAAAAUCACAGUUCCUAAAGCCGUGGUUUAUUGCCAAGUUAGGGAAGCGAAACAGUCAUUGCUCAACUACUUCUACACCCAGAUAGGGAAGAAAGAGGGUAAGCAGCUUGCACAGAUGUUAGAUGAAGACCCAGCAUUGAUGGAAAGAAGACAACAGUGUGCUAAAAGACUUGAAUUAUACAAGCAAGCGAGGGAUGAGAUUGAUUCUGUAUCCUGGACCCAUUGAGAGAUCGACUACUGGAUAUAUAUGACUUGUAUUAUAGCUACAGAGAUAAAUUAUUCUUAUUGAUUUUGUUCGUCACAUUCUCACUUCAUUAUUUAUUGUUAUGCAAUAUCCUUUUGAUAUUGCUAGUUGGAUUGAGACACUGUACUGGAUCUUGCUUUUGUUUUGAUCUUUGUGUAUUGUAUAUCUUUAGACCUGGCUUCCACUUUUAUUCAA